CCAGCCUCCACUCAUUUCAGCUGGGCGCUGCCGCUGCGGCACAGAGACCCACAGAAGCCACCCUCGGAACCAGCGCCCAAUAAGAAGGCCGGACCUGUGUUCCUCUACACCAAGCCUGGCACUGGGAGCCUGUCUCGGAUGGAAGAAAGCACCAAAACUAGGAGCUGUUGGCUUAGGAGGCUGCCGUCCCUGGGAGCCGCUCUCUCCUGCUGCAUCCCGUUGUCCCUCAGUCUUCCGGGCAAACCAGUGGGCCCUCAUCUAGGGAUCAGGAUUCCCGCAGUGAUGGAAUACAUUAUUUUUGGCUGACUUCCUUGCCAUGGGACCCCGUACACCCAGGAAUAUCAUCAAGAUCUUUGAGAACCACCACCCCAGCCUAUACCCCUAACAUUCCAUCCGAGGCAAACCACACUGAGCAGCCACCUGCAGGCCCGGGAGCAAGGCUACAGGAAGCAGGUGUCUCCAUCCCUCGCAGGCGAGGCUGCCCAACAUCAACACUGGAGAAAAAGGCCAACAGGAUGUGCCGCAGAUACGGGUCUGCAGGGACUCAGCCCUCAAAAAAAAGAAAACCUCAUUUGAUGGCGGAAGAUGAACCUUCAGGGGCCUUCUUGAAGCCGCUGGUUUUUCGCGUUGAUGAGACCACCCCGGCUGUGGUGCAAAGUGUCCUCCUGGAGCGGGGGUGGAAUAAGUUUGAUAAGCAGGAGCAGAAUGCGGAGGACUGGAACCUGUACUGGAGGGCGUCCUCUUUCCGAAUGACCGAACACAUCAAUGUUAAACCGUGGCAGCAGCUAAACCACCACCCUGGAACCACCAAGCUUACCAGGAAAGACUGUUUGGCCAAACACCUGAAGCACAUGAGGAGGAUGUACGGCACUUCCCUGUACCAGUUCAUCCCCCUGACGUUCAUCUUGCCCAGUGACUACACCAAGUUCGUGGCUGAAUACUUUCAGGAGAGGCAGAUGCUGGGCACCAAGCAUAGCUAUUGGAUUUGCAAGCCAGCUGAGUUAUCUCGUGGGAGGGGGAUACUAAUUUUCAGUGACUUUAAAGACUUCAUCUUUGAUGAUAUGUACAUAGUGCAGAAAUAUAUCUCCAAUCCUUUACUUAUUGGCAGAUAUAAAUGUGAUCUCCGCAUCUAUGUUUGCGUUACUGGCUUUAAGCCUUUGACCAUUUAUGUUUAUCAGGAAGGGUUGGUUCGGUUUGCCACGGAAAAGUUUGACCUCAGUAACUUGCAAAACAAUUACGCCCAUUUGACCAACAGCAGCAUCAAUAAAUCCGGGGCCUCUUAUGAGAAGAUCAAAGAAGUGAUUGGUCAUGGUUGUAAAUGGACGCUCAGCAGAUUUUUUUCCUACCUUCGUAGCUGGGAUGUGGACGAUCUGCUUUUGUGGAAGAAAAUCCACCGCAUGGUUAUUCUCACCAUUCUCGCCAUUGCGCCAUCUGUCCCCUUUGCUGCCAAUUGCUUUGAGCUCUUUGGGUUUGAUAUUUUGAUUGAUGACAACCUGAAACCAUGGCUUUUAGAGGUCAACUACAGCCCAGCUUUGACCUUGGAUUGUUCAACAGAUGUGUUGGUGAAGAGAAAACUUGUCCAUGAUAUUAUUGACCUGAUUUACUUAAAUGGUCUAAGAAAUGAGGGGAGAGAAGCCAGUAAUGCCACACAUGCAAAUUCCAACAUCGACGCUGCAAAAAGUGACAGAGGUGGGCUUGAUGCUCAUGACUGUCUUCCUUACGAUUCUCUUUCGUUCACAAGCAGAAUGUACAACGAGGAUGACUCUGUGGUGGAGAAAGCUGUGAGUGUGCGUCCUGAAGCUGCACCUGCCUCCCAGCUGGAAGGAGAGAUGAGUGGGCAGGAUUUUCAUCUGUCAACAAGGGAGAUGUCACAAAGCAAGCCCAAGUUACGAAGCAGGCACACGCCUCACAAGACACUUAUGCCCUAUGCGUCCCUCUUCCAGUCGCACUCCUGCAAGACCAAGACCUCCCCGCAUAUCCUCUCAGACCAUGGCAAAGCUCCAGAUCCCCAAACAGGCAACUUUGUUCUUGUUUUUCCUUUCAAUGAAGCAACUCUCCGAGCUUCCAGGAAUGGAUUAAAUGUCAAAAGAAUAAUCCAAGAGCUCCAGAAACUAAUGAAUAAGCAACAUUCUUAAGUGGUAAAAAAUCAAAUCAAGAAAAAGUGACAUGGAUUUUUAAAACCCAAGGAUCCUCUCCUAGAGAAAGCAAUAGUUCAAGUCCCUACCUGUGCCACCAGCAUGUUAACUAUGACACUGGGACGGAAGAUGUGGCCAUAUGUAUAAAUAUAACAGCUCUGACAAAGCAUAAUAUGUUCAAGUGGUGAUUAAACUACAUUACAUCCCAUGUUUAUUUGCUCAGGUGUCUUGAAAGAAUUCUACAAAUACCACACAGCCUCCCACUGGUAAUUGAAUAUGCUACACUACAAUUAUGCUAUAUAUGUAUUUAAAGAGGAGAAAAAGAUUAUUCUAAUAUUUUUAAAGGAUUAUUAGGUGAAAACAGUACAAAAGAAGCCAGGAAUUAACUUUCUGUGUUUUUUUUAAAUCAACCAUUUAUUUGUGAAAAUUAUUUUGUUAACUUAAAGAUCAGACAAUUGUUCAGAGUGAGAUAAAUCACUGAAAGCCCUAAUGACUCUGUUGUUUACAAAUCCUGGGCUUGAAAUCAGACUUUGUACCAAAGAGCUCCCUGUGGGGGCAUCCUUCGGCUGUAUUUAAAUAGUGGCCCCUUGGCCUUGUCACCAUUUGUUUACCAUCACAACAUGCGAGGUCAUGGCCUCCCAGAUCAAAGUAUGCUGUCAUUUCUGCCACAUAAAAAGCAUCUGCAGUCCUAAGACAUAAAAAUUCCAGUAGGUUACUUGAAAACAUUAUUCUAGUGAAAGUAGUCAGACACAAAAGGCCACAUGUUGUAUGACUCUGUUGAUAUGGAAUGUCAGAAUUGGCAAAUCCAUCAAAAGCAGAUUGGUGGCUUAGGGGAAGGGUAAUGAGGAGUGUCUGCUGAUGGGUAGGGGGCUUCCCUUUGGGGUGACAGAAAUGUUCUGGAACUAUAUAGAGGUGAUGGUUGCACAACACGGGGAAUUCACUAAAUAUCACUCAUGGUACAUUUAAUGUUAUGUGUGUUUUACCACAAUAAAAAAGUUAAAAGCUGGCCAUGGUGGCUCAUGCCUUCAAUCCCAGCAUUUUGGGAGGACAAGGUGGGAGGAUCUCUUGAGCCCAGGUGUUUAAGGCCAGCCUGGGCAACAUAACAAGACUCUUCUCACUUAAAAAAAAGAAAAAUCAUUUUUUUAUUAAAAAAAAAAAAGGGAUGGGGAAGCGCAGACAGGCAUAUCUCCCAGCAGGUUCCUGGGUGGGCAGGCCUGGUCACAGGUCAUAGCUGAGAAGAGCUGGAGCCAGUUGAGAAGACCCACCGUGGACUAAGGUCGGAAGUCAGCCUGCAGGGGCACUGCUAGACGCGUGCCUCCAGGGUCCCCAGGUGGACAGAACCACUCUCAGUCUGCAGGCAGGACGGGCCAGGACCGAGGUCCAGGGCCCUUUGAGGAUCUGCUGUAGGACAGAGGUUGGCAAGCCUACUCUGGAGACGGAAUGGUGUGUCUCCUGGCAGGACUCCGGCUGGGCAGAACUCUCCCAGAUCAUAGCCUGGUAGGAAAGGCUAGACCCGAGCCCCAGGGCUGUGUCAGGAUCUGCAAGGGUCCAAGUUCAUUAAGCUCCAUCCAGGGGCACUGGUGGGUGAGACUCCAGCAGUUCCCUAUGUGACUGGAACUUCUCCUGGGUGGCAGUAGAAUGGGGCUGGAGUCAGCAUUCAGGGCUUGUUCAGGCUCUGCAAUGGGAUGGAGGCCAGCAACCCUAUCCUGGUAGCCUAGACCAGUGAGUCUCCCAGCAGGCCCCUGUGUUGUUAAGAGGGCUCCUGGGUCACAGCUGAGAGGGCCUAGAGCCAAGAGAGGGUCCCGUCAGCAUCUGCUGUGGAACAAGACCCACCGCAAGCCUCUGGGUGUUUCAGAUGGGUGAGUCUCUCUCUGGGUCCUUGUAGGAGCAGGAUUAACCUGCAACCAUAGCUAAGGGGGGCUGGUGCCAAGGCACAGGGUAAUUUUCAAAUCCAUAGCUGGGACCAUGUUGGUGGACCUGCCUGCUGAGUCACUGCUGUGCGUGACUUCUCCAGGACUCCUUGGCAGGUGGUUUAUGUAGACUGGAAGUGAAGGGAUGGAAAAAGAUAUUUCAGGCAAAUGGAAACCAAAAGAGAGCAAGAAUGGCUAUCCUUAUAUCUGACAAAACAGACUUUAAGUCAAUAACUGUAAAAAGAGACAAAGAUGGUCCUUACAGAAUAAUAAAGGGGCCCAUUCAUCAAGAGCAUGUUACAAUUUUUAAGUCUAUGCACCCAACAUUGGGCCACCUAAAUAUGUAAAGCCAAUAAUAAUCAAUCUGAAGGGAGACAUAUACUGCAAUAUGAUAGCAGCAGGAGGGCUUGAAUACCCGACUUUCAACAGCAGACAGAUCAUCCAGACAGAAAAUCAGUAAGGAAACAUUGGGCUUGAACCUCACAUUGGCCCAACUGGACCUAACAGUCAUGCACAGAACAUUCUCCAGGAUAGAUCAUAGGUGAGGUCACAAAGCAAAUCUUAGCAACUUUAAGAAGACUGGAUUCACAUCAGGUUUCUUUUCUGACCACAGUGGAAUAAAAAUAGACAUCAAAAACAGGACGAUUUUUUAAAAAAAAUCACAAAUGUGGAAAUUAAGCAAUAUGCUCCUGAACAACCACUGAGUCAAAGAAGAAAUUAAAAAGGAAAUUUUAAAAUAUCUUGAGACAAAUGAAAAUGGAAACACAAUAUAUCAAAACUUAUGGGAUGCAGCAAAAGAAGUUAUAAAAGAAAAGUUUAUACCAAUAAAUGCCCAUAUCAAAAAAAAAAAGAUCUCAAAUAAAUCUGAACAAUGCAUUUCAGGGAAGUAGGAGAAUAAACUCAACCCAAAGUCAGAAGAAAGGAAAUAAAAACUAGAGCAGAAGUAAAUGAAAUAGACACUAGAAAAACAACAGAAAAGAACAAUGAAACUACUUGUUUUUUUAAAAACAUAAAAAAAUUGUUAAAUCUUUCACUAACUGAGGAAAAAAAAAGAUGACAAUAAACUCAGAAAUGAAAGAGGAGACAUUACAAUUGAUACCAUAGAAAUACAAAGAAUCAUAAGAAACUAUUGUGAAUAAUUAUAUUCCAAGUAAUUGGAUAACCUAAAAGAAAUGGAUAAACUUCUAGACACGUAUAACCUACAAAGACUUAAUCAUGAAGAAAUGGAAAGCCUGAAUAGACCAAUAACAAGUAAGGAUAUUGAAUCUGUAAUAGAAAGUCACUCAUUAAAGAAAAGUCCAGGACCUGAUGACUUCACUUCUAAAUUCUACCAAAUAUUUAAAGAAGAACAAAUACCAAUACUCCUCCAUUCUUCCAAAAACCUGAAGAAAAUACUUCCAAAUUCAUUUUACAAGGCCAGACAAGGACACUACAAGAAAGAAAAUUAUAGACCAAUAUCUCUGAUGAACACAGACGCAAAAAUCCUCAACAAAAUACUAGCAAACUGAAUUCAACAGCACUUCAAAGGAUCAGAAUCAAGUGGAUUUUCCCCUGGGAUUUGAGGAUAGUUCAACAUAGGCAAAUUAAUAAAUAUAGUACCCCAUAUUAACAGAACAAAGGGCAAAAAUCAUUUGGUCAUCUUGAUAGACACAUACAAAAAAAGGAUUUGACAAAUUCAAAAACCUUUCAUGAUAAAAAUUCUCAGCAAAGUAGAAUCAAAGAGGUUACCUCAACACAAUAAAGAUCGUAUAUGCAAGCCUGCGGCUCACAUCAUACUCAAUAGUAAAAUGUUGAAACCUUUUCCUCUAAGGUCAGGAACAACAUGAGGAUACCUGCUCUCACCACUUCUGCUCAACAUAAUACUGGAAGUCCUAGUC